AACAAUACCUUUCAAUUAGUACCACCGCAGCUGUGUCCCCGGUCGAAGGUGUUGGAACCAAGAAAAUGGAGUCAUUCUCAGUGAUUUUCUUAACUGUUUUAAGUGCCUCAAUUGCCCUAACAAAUGGACAAAAUAGUGGAUCGUGCCUUAUUUGUGAUUCUUCGGAUAAUCCCAUUUGUGCCACCUUAAAAGAUGAAGCUGCAUUGAUCAGUAGUUGUGGUGCAGAGGAGGAUUAUUGCUUCGUUCAAAUGGACGAAUUUGGUCAUAUUCAACGUGGUUGUGGCUCUGCGUCCUAUUGUCAAGGCGUUGACUCCUGUACCGUGUGCCAAGGGGCAAACUGCAACAACGGACCCUACCCAGCGGGAAGACGACAAUGCCACAAAUGUUCAGGAGUUGAAUGUGAAAAUCCUUUAACAGGUCCAGUUGAAAUAUGCAAUGUUUUCCGAGAGGAUGACUCCUGCUACACGGUUGUUGUAAUUGAUGAAGGAAGUGAUAUUUACACACAUCGCGGAUGCGUUUCGGAUGAAAUGGACAAUCAGUGUGAAAGCUAUCCUGAUAUCUGUGUAACCUGUAACACCAAUGGAUGCAACAACCAACCACCGAGAAAUCAAUCAGAGCUAUCCUGCAUUAAGUGCACUGAACCUGAUCCUGCAUGCCGGUAUGAGUACGAUGAGGAGAGUGGACAAAUGUGUGGCUACGAAGUCUACUUGGGACGACCUGAACGAUGCUACACCCACAUCGACAUAGACGGUGGUGUCCGACGUGGAUGCCUCGAUGACUUCCGAACAGAUCAGCAGAUCUUAAAUGACUGCAACGGAGACAACGACUUCUGCACAAUCUGCACAACAAACAACUGCAACUGGGAACAAGUUGCACAACCAUCGCAAUGCGUUGUAUGCAGCAGUGCUAUCGAUUCCAAUUGUGCUCUACUCGGAACAGUCCCCAGUUUGGAAGAAUGCCCAACUGGAUCCCAUGACAAACGUGGAUGUUUUCUCAUGUACACAAAUAACGUGGUCUCAAGAGGCUGCGUUGGCUCUCUAGACAGUAACUCAUUGGACAUCUGCAAAGCUGGUGAAGAUUGCAAGAUCUGCUUAGAAGAUGGAUGCAACAGAAAAGUAAACUUCCAAACAUGCUAUACGUGCAAUUCGAAUGAAGAUCAAGAGUGCAUCAUGUCUCAGAGCAAUGAAGACGCCGUAACAUGCUCAUCGUACACAGAUAACUGCAUCACCUACAUUGAACCUGAAUCAAAGAGGACUGUACGUGGAUGUCAGGGGGAAACUUCUCUACCUCCAGGUGUAAUCUGCCCAUCGGAUACGUGCUCCGAAUGCUCAGGUGCAUCGUGCAACUCUCUCGUCUUUCCUACUGCGCGACGCUCAUGCAACAGAUGCUACUCCACCAAUGAAUGCGAAAAUGAUCUUACAGUGAACACAGCCUUCCAGAGUGUCUGUGAAUUUUACGAACCAGAUGAUCAGUGUUUCUCUGUCCUUGUUGAGGACAUUAUCCAUCGUGGAUGUCUCAGUGAUGCAUCACCUGGUGUGCAGCAUUGUCAAGAAGCUGGAGAAAAGUGUUUGAUCUGCGAUGGGCAAUACUGCAAUUCCGUGGCAGCUUAUCGUGAUGCAUCCAUUGAGUGUAUAAAGUGCUCCAAUGAGGAUCCAGCCUGUGAAUGGGCCUACACACCCAGUGCUGCAACAACAUGUGAAGGAACGGUCGGACUGGGAGUAGAGGAAAGCUGCUACGUUAUAGUUGAUGACAAUGGGACCAUUAUUCGUGGUUGCACACUAGAGGAUCCAUCAAUGUGCCAGGAAAGUGAACUAAGAAUUCGUUUUAAGUUUAUCAGUUUUCCUAAAAAUAUAUUUUUCUUUCAGGAGGAAGACAUAGAUUGUGAGAUCUGCACUGGCGAUGGAUGCAACAACAAAGGCAUAACAAGGCAGCUGUGUAUUCAAUGCCGCAGUGAUGUGGAGGACGGUGAACACUGUGCUGAGCAUCCGGAAGGAAUCAACGCAACUCUUUGUGAGGAAACAGACAUCACUUAUGAGAAGCGUGGUUGCUACAUUCAGCAACUAGCCGACGGUGCUAUAAGACGAGGAUGUGCCACGGAACUCAGUGCAGAUCAACUGAAUGAAUGCAAGGCCGAAAGUGAAGAGAAACUUUGUCACUACUGCGAUGGACCUGGGUGCAAUGAUCAACCAGGUGGCUCCACAGCAGUCACGAUAUCCUAUCUCAUAGUACUUACAUCGCUGCUUAUUGUAGUUUUAAGUCCCCUUCAUUGAAAUUUUCCUUUAGUUCAGCCUCAAUGUCAUUAAAGCUCAAAUAAAUGGAAAUAUUAAUCGAAAA